AUGGCACAAGCAGAUGAAGAUGACUGCAAACGGCACCAUCAAAAGAUGGCAGAGCUUAGCAACUUUCCGGAGUACCUGCCGGCGGAAGUCCGAGAAGGGUUUCUUGCAGAUACUAAAGCUCGCCAGGAGUCUGUGCUCAAGCUCCUUUCAUGUGGCGCUGCACCACCUGACUCUGCAGAAGUGCUUCUUGGACUGAAAUGCCUUAAGAUCUUGGAGGAGUUGGAGGCCCCCACUUCGCUCGACUUCAAGCUCGCAGUCCUUCACUCGCUGUGGAAGUUAAUCGUCGCCGGAUCCCAGGCACGGCCAGGACGCUUGUUAUACGGGUACUCCACCAGUGCAAAGAUCCUCGAGGGCUUCGGGGUAUGGCUGCGCUGUACAGCUGCAGAGCACAUCCUUCCAAUCUGGCGGGAUGAGGUGCCCAACCAUGAGGAAGCGGACCAGGUGGAUGCUCUACGAAGAGAAGUGGACGUGCGGCUGCCUCUUCGCCUGAUCUUCGAAGAAGUUCGGAAGAGCCCGCGGAUCGAUUGUUCCUCAAGCAAUUCGAAGCGCAGGCACUACGUGCAACAGCUCGUAAAUGCUUGCGCCACAUUGGCCAACUUCCAUGGCUGCAUUCCAAUCGACGAUGCCGCUGUGCUGACAGCAGAGCUGGCCAAGGAGGUUGACAACUUGCAUGUGUACUCCCUCGUGUAUGCCAAGAUGUUGGUAUUCACUACACCAAGGGCCAUGACACCGCAGAUAAUCCUAGAUGGUAGAAUCUGGUCAUGGUGGUCGAGAUUGCCAGAGGGCUUAAUUCCAAAGUUUGACUUACUGUGGUUCCAUCCCCUGAGCAGAUACGCAGAACUCCAUUGGGCAAACAAGGUCGAAGAUGCCCUCAGCCAAACAGGCUCGGAGGGCAGGUCUGAGGAGUGCUUCAGCAAACUUCAAGAGCAGCUGCCGUACCUGAUGAACAAAAUCGCCCGGACGCUGUGCAUCCCCUUCGGGUCUCCGGCUGCAAAAGCAGUCGAUGGAAACAAAGGAGAGAGGGCUCCAGACCUGGACCGUUACCCAAUCCCCGAGGAAGUUGAUGCGGUAUUUAUGGGAAGCCAAACUGCCUGGAGGGAGGUGGCAAUCUUUUUGAUAUACCUGCUGGAAUCAGCUCCUCCUGAAGAGCCUUCCAAUUGCAACAUGUGGACGCUGUUGACGCUGCUUCUGCGAAGAAUGCGGCCGUUCAUCAUGCCCGCAACUGCGCAGAAAGAAUGGCUCUGGCAUUGCACAACACUCAUGCACAACCUGACAUCGCAGUAUUUCAAGCGGAUAUGUCGAGAACGUAUGUUGGCGACGACUGCCCCAAAGGCCAAGCACUUGACAGCAGCAGCCGACCGGGCGUUCCUGAAGCUGCUCCUUCCACUUGUGCGUGAUGUGUCGACAGUGCGCUCUGCACAUGAGGUGGUCACGUCGCUGGACAACCUUUCGAGACUUGCAAAAAUAUCUGCCAUGCAGCCAGACCUUGUUGCCUUUGAUGCUUCUUCCUCCAUCGACCCCUUCCGUGUGGACUUUCAGUCCAUGGUCGUGCAGGCUACUGAGGUGUUGAACGAUCCAUCUAUGUCUGGCAGGCAUGCUACGCUGCUGCGGGUCUUCGUCUCUAUCAUGCCAGCUCUGACCUGUCAAAUGCCGGCUGUUAUUGGUGAGCUGCUUCCCCUCACGCUGCUGGGGAUUGACCCCACCGACGUGUCAAAGACAAUGUGUGCCCUCAGACUCCUGACAUCAGUUUUUUCUCAGAUGCCUUGCCUAGACAUGAACGACUGGGAGCUCACAGACAAGCCUGCAGGCACAUUCAGCAAUGUCCAGUGGCCACUGCCGGCAGAUGCUCAGGUGGAGAGUGGGGACCCUGACUACAGUUCAACAAGCAUUGUAUCGUCUAUGUUGCCCUCCUUUGCAGUCGACUUUGUCCAGCGCGCCUGUGACUAUGUCACCCGAAUUCCCAAGCCACGAGGUGCCAAACCAGGCAAGAUCUCAAUGGAAGGUACAUGCACCGGCUUGCUACAUGGAGCCCUUUGCCUCGUGGCCUCGCAGACUGACAAAGAGACAUACAAGCAGAUGGUGGAAGAAGUGUCUCAAUUUGUCAGCACCAACCUCUUACCCGACCAGGUGAAGCCUGCCGGGCAGGUCAUCUUUGCUAUCGCUCGCGCAUGCCCGGAGAUCGCCUUGUCCAUGAUGCUGCCAUUGUUCUUCAAAAAGCUUCUUGCAAGCCGAACGACGGCAGUGCCUCUGCAUGAAGUGGGGGUGUCAGAGAGCGAAGCCAAAUGGUUCCUGUCACUGCUUAGCGCUUUGGUGCGCUCGGGCGGGUCACAUUUGCUUGCGUACAAGCAGCAGCUGCAGACAAUUAUCAGAUCUGCCCUGCUGGACGAGCGAGAGGCUGUGACCAAGCUUGGAAUGAAGCUUCUCCGUCGGAUUCUGUAUGCGAUCACUGCGGUUUAUGUGCAGGUAGACUACAGGCUUUGUGAUGCGAGUGUGUGGAAGGGGUUGAUGGGCUGCCGACGAAGCAGCGCGGCGGUUGGUGGAGCUGCUCGCUCGUGUCUGCUCUGGUCAGGACUCAAAGGGCCUUGGUGGCUGGGAGAGACCGGCCGAGAGACCGCCUUGACAUCGAUUAGCUGGCACGUGCCCAGCGAAGAGGAAGUGGAGUGGGCACGAGGCUUAGUCUUUGCUUCACUGGACCAAGCCGGCAAACUCUUGAGCUCCAUCAUAGAGGUGCCAAGCCUAAUCGACAGCUUGCCAGAAGGCGCAGGCUGGCUGGAUGGCUUAGCUACUAGCUUGCCACCCAAGAAGAAGUUUGCCUAUAGUAUAAUUCUGGCCACUCGCCUUAUAAACCAGGUUCUGAGGGGUACUUCUGACCUGUGGCCAGAUGAGCGUGGCAACGAGGAGCUUGAGUCCAGGCAGCUGCCCAAGAAUUUAAAGGUUGCUGGGAACACCGCAGACACAAUCUAUGCAUGGCUCUUUCCCGUGGUGUUGUCAGCAUUCCGUGAACUUGCUGUUCAAGAACAGUAUGGCGUUGCACAAGCUGGCAAGCUGGACCAAAUUGAUGUGUCCAGGGUGAUGCGAAAGCUUCUCAAGUGUGUGGCGGAACUUAGCGGCGCAUGGCGAGAUGUCCACCCAAGCUGCUUGCGACUCUUCCCAAGCAUGCGUCAGGUCGACCGGGAUGCGCAGGCUCUGGCUUGGAAUUCCACAUCCAUGGAUCAGCUUCACCCUCACUCUAGGUGGCGAGAUCUUCCCCGGGUGUGGUGGGUGGAGUGCAUAGCUGAAACAAUGGAGGGUCGUGUUCAUGAGCGGCGGUCUGGCCUCCGAUACACUGGACUCCGCAGGAAGUUGAUAGAAGCAGUCGCCAAACAGAUAUUUUCCAGUGGAUUUGAGCCGGUCCGAGAUUUCUCACUUGCCAUCGUCACAAUGGCUAUCCACCAUCAUCAGGGUGGCCGAUGGCCUCUGGUGCGCGACGUUUUGCUGCCAGCAUUAGCAAAGGAGACAAAGGCUGCUGCAGAGUGCUCCUCCCUCUCUGGCGAGGGUGCGGAUAAGGAGCAGCAGCGCUUAAACGAUUCCUUGUGCGGUCUUGCAACAGCCCUCGGUGGGCGCAUCAGCGGCCUCAUUAGCUCUGUAUGGCGUCGUGGUAUUGACGAUGCCGCAGUUGUCGGCCUCAGCCUUUGUGAGGCCAUUUACGCAGCAACACGAGUGAACGCGACGGGAGGCUCGAGCCCGCCUGCUGACACCAAAGAGCAGAAGUGUGAAGUCAAGCCCAAUACGGUCUCAAGGCUGAUAUCGGCACUGAGGCACUGGCUCGAUUGUCGUGAGGCUCAGUGUUGGGCGGAGACUCGGCAACGUUCCAACACCCCUCUACUGCAAGACGACAAUGCCGAUGAAGCCGAAACCUCCGAAACUUCCACACCUUCAAAGCUUGCUCGCGGACUGUCCGCGGUGCGAACUGUGUCCAAGGCUUUGCAAGUAUGCGAACGUGGAGAUUGCCACUGGAGAGCACAGAUCAUGGCAUCAACAAUGAGCCUUGCCUUGCUGAACUCUUUGGGAGCACUUGGACUUCCACCUGGGUUGAGCACCGAAGAGACGGCAGAAGUGAAAAUGAUCUGGUUGCAGUGGGGUCGUUGGCUCGUGAAGUGCAUGGACCCAAAAGGUCAGCCAGGAUUACAUGCGCUGGCCAUUCACGGUCUUCAGCUCAUGCUGAAGCAGUCUCCCCUCAGCCAGUCGGAGUUAGCACAGUUGAGAAUUCAAGAUGCGGCCUUCUUCCAAAGUCUUCUGAAAGUUCUACCGCCCUUGAACCAUGAGGAACUCAUGGUGACGGCGGAUGACCAGGUGGGACAGAAGAGUGAGCCAACCAGAGGACCAGUGAACGUAAUGGUCCACCAUGGCUAUUUUGACGCUUGGCCAAGAAUCUGGCUACGAAGAUCCUCCAACUCCUUCUCGCUUCAAAACGCUUUGUUCUGGCAGAGCUACGCCAAGAUCCUCAUGUCGGAGCUGAGUCGUGAAGAUUUCGCGGAGCUGCUGCAGAAAGGCGCUGAGGAGCUGGCAUCUCAGCCAGUGGCAGAAGCUGAGUACCAUGCAGCCUUCGCAGAGUUUGCGGCCGGUGUGCUGCGAGCCGUGCGGAAGCCUGAGACGCUGGAGCUCCGCAAAGUCUUGUGGAAUCAGCUACGGCCCUUGUUUCUGUCAGCCUUGCAACAAUCUUCGGAGGAGCGGCUUGGGACCUGGUGCGAUGCAGUUCGGUAUAUUGCGACAGGCUAUAGUCGACCUGACCUCUCUCGCGUCUUUGCACCAAAGAAGUCGCUUCAGGAGCCAGAGCGGCUUUGUGCCACCUUGCAGUACCUAACCCCUCUCUUUAACUUCGUUGUGGGGGGUGAAGGUGAGCUUGAGUUUGAUGCGCUGAGUUGCACAUUGCCGCCCAUCCGGUUCGAGUACGAUGAGAAGCUGUCCGAUGAUAAAGACAAGGGCUCCUCCUUCGACUCCUUCAAGCGCUUGCGGCUCUUGAUGUCUUUGCUGAUCGAGCCCUCUGCCACAAAGAUCUUGGCUGAGAACCAAGACUUUUGCAGAAAGUUAGUCGAGACCUUAGAGCAGGGCUUGGGGCACCCCUACAAGCAGCUUCGUGAAGAAGUGGCGCGGGGCCUCUUCUUCAUCGUGCAAGCUGGCAGCUCUCAUGCCUCCCACCAGGAGACUCCACCAGCAGAGACGGCGGAGGAGAGUGGCCUUAGGUUGGUAUCCAUGCAGCUGGAGGCAUGGUUUUGCGCUGAGGCGCAGAGGCUCACACCGAUGCUGCAAGCUGACAACGCAGCGCACGCGACUGAAGACGAAUCCGUGCGGCCCAAGCACGUCGUCGAGAGCUCGGGCUUGGUGUAUGUCCUCUUGCACUCGUCCUUAGCAAGGUUUACAUCGACUUGCCUUCGUGAGUCGGCUUCAGAGCUGCUGAGCUUCCUUAUGGCAGCAGCGGCGCAUGGCGACCUCGAGCUUCGAGCCAUCGCCCCCCACGCCUUGUCAUUGUGCUGUGCCGCGCAUCCAAGCCCACCAGCGCCUGAUCACAGCAAGCUGUGGAAAAAGCUGCCAAUGGUAAAAGCCUUGAAGUCCUUAGUCACCGCUGGUACUCCUGACAAGGAGUUGGAGAAAGCUCUGGCUGCAGGCCUGAAGCCAGCGGUAAUGGCAAACUUCUUUGUGCUUCUUACUGGCGGUGAUGACGCACGCUCGCUGUAUGCCGAGCUGCGUUCAGCUGCAGAGCGGGCGUUGGGCAACGGCAAACCUGAAAUUCGAACAGCAGCACGUGGCGCUGUUGCAAGUUUCUUGACUGUAGAAGCAGAGCCAGAAAUCCGCAUGCGCCUCAAAUCUCUCAAAUCAAUGGCAGGGGUUCCAGGCAAGCGCGACGACACAAAGCCCGAGACCGGCGAUUUCUGUUCCGUUGUGGGCACUAUGGCCUGCAUGCUCCUAGCGGCCGCAGACUGCGGAGUGCCGCAGUGGUCCGGUCUAGCCAUUCAGACCGUGGCACCCUAUGGCAAACCAGGGAUACAAGAGGCAGCACGCAAGGAGGUGCAAGCGGCGAUCCAGGCAUUUCUUAAGCUGCAGCAAUCAAGCCAACAGACUUGGAAGGAGUGCCAGGACAAGCUGACAUCCUCCCAGCUUGAUCUAUUGAAUGACAACAAGGGCAAGCUCUCCUAUUUUUCAUAG